CAGCCUCGCGCUGCGUCUGACAGAUUCACAACCUCCCAUAGUGUAUAGCCACAACUAUGAUUACAAAUUCCUCAAUGCAUUUUCAUUCCAGGAUGUGCCAUUCUCUUCGUUUACACUAAGAUUUUGUUUUAUUUGAAAAUAUUUAUGUUUAGUUUUAGGUGCAUAAUUUUGCGAGGAUUUCCGAGGUGCCAACGGGAGUGACUUUGGCAAUAUGCGCCGCUGGGAUAUGAUUUUCAACCGAAAGGCUUAUGGAAUAUAGCCUGGUUUGUCACAGCCUGUAUGCCCUCUGGUCCAGCCCCGUGAAGAAGAAACUAAUACUGCUCAGCAUCAUGUUUUUAAUCUGGGUAUACAUGCUGUACUCCUGCGUGGGCUACUGCUCCACCAUGCCAAGUUUGGUGGUGGACAGUUACCGGGGCAAGGAGACUGUGUCUGCGGUGGGGAAGAGGACAGAGAGCGGCAGGACGGACCUGGUGUCCCGGCUGCUGGCCAAGCCGCAGCCCUGGGAGGAUAUAGAGAGCGACUACGAGGAGCCGUCCAUCAGGACUGCCGCGUCCAGAGACCUGCUGGAUAACGAGAUGGACAUGGACCGAGCCGAGGACUGGGACGAGAUGCGGGGAGAGCAGCAGAGAGCCCCGGAGCCCAGCGCCAUGUCCAGCUUCUCCAACGGCUCCGGGAGCAAGAAGCUGCCGCAGGCGAUCAUCAUCGGGGUGAAGAAAGGAGGGACCCGGGCUCUGCUGGAGUUUCUCCGGGUUCAUCCGGACAUCAGAGCCGUGGGAGCGGAGCCGCACUUCUUCGACCGAAACUAUGACAACGGACUGGAGUGGUACAGGGAGCUGAUGCCCAAGACUCUGGAGGGCCAGAUCACCAUGGAGAAAACCCCCAGCUACUUUGUGACCAGAGAGGCUCCGGCCAGG